GAAAAAGAUUUUGGGACCGCUCCAGAAAUGACUAGGUUUUAAUUUUGAGUCUUCAAAGGGAAAGAAAGUUUGAAAAUUGAGAGUCACCGAUUGAAAAAGCCUUUGAUUUUAAUACGGUGAGGAAGGUGUAUGUAUAUAUAUACAGGCAGACACACCGUAGGGAAUUCUACCGAAUGUUUCAGCGCGGCCCUGCGUGGGAGUGAGGAAGCAGAGAGCUUGCAGGGCGGAGGUUGUGCAAUCAAAAUGGCGGCGGCUGCGGAAGUUGGCCAGCCCGGCAGGAAAGAGAUGAAGGAGGAGGCACAGGGCAUGGAGUCCCGGAUAAAGAGUGCCAUGCGCUCCCUUGUAGGCCAGUUCAAGGAACAAGCCGAAAGCAAUAGGAGUGCUUUAAAGGUGCAUUUGGGGUUCUCUUCGUGCUGUUCUUUGACUUUUGAGGGGGUUCGAAGAUUAUUAGAGAAAGACUUAGGGCUGGAGACAUAUGCAUUGGAUGUGCAUAAGAGAUUUGUCAAGCAGUGUUUGUCGGAGUGCUUAGAUGGUGCUGAUGAUGAGAAUGCCUCCAAUAUCUCUGAGGAGACUGUUCAAAAAGAACUCAGUUCUGGAAGAGGUGAAGCAGGAGAGUCACCUGAAGGAGCAAAGUUGAAGAAAGUUGUAAAGGAGCCUAGUUCUGAAGGCGAGGAGAAAAUGGAAGACUCUCCAGUGAUGGGGCUUCUGACAGGACAGAAAAAAACCAAGUCUGAAACUGAGGAAGCUAAAGCCACUAAAAAUAAAGUGGCUCUAAGUGAGAGCACAAUAAAGAAGGCCAUUCUGAAAAGGGCUUCCCAUAUCAGGGAAAAUUCUGAGAAAAUUACUAUGGCCUCAGUUCGUCGAUUUUUGGAGGAAGAUCUUAAACUUGAAGAGAAGACCCUUGAUCCCUACAAAAAGUUCAUAGGGGAACAGGUAGAUAAGGUAUUAAAAGUGCAUGAAGUGUCUAAGGUUGCAGCUGUGGUUAAAAAUAAGAGUCUUCGGAAAAAUUCUCAUAGCAAAGCAUCUGCAAAGAUCAGUAAUGAUGGAAGUUCUGAUUCGUCUGACAAUGGGAGUGAGGAAGUGGAAAAAGAGGACAUAAAACCAAAAAGGAAAAUCGCUCCCAAAGGAAAAAUGCAGUCUGAAGAGCAGAAAAAACGUAAGAGACUCACAAAGGAAACCAAGCUGCCCAGUAAGAAGCAGAAGCCUGCAGAAACAGUGUCAGAAGAAGAUAGUGAUGCAGAAGAUGGAAAUUUAUCUGAAGACGGUCGCCUCCUGUCAUCUGAUGAAAAACUUGUAAAGAAGAAGGAAGUUUUAACUCCUGUUUAUGGAAAGCGUGUGGAGCAUCUGAAAUCAAUUAUCAAAUCAUGUGGGAUGAGUGUUCCCCCUGCAAUUUACAAGAGAGUUAAACAGGCACCUGAAGAUAAACGUGAGGCCCGCUUGAUUAAGGAACUAGAGGAAAUUCUCUCAAGAGAAGGUUUAUCUCCCAAUCCUUCUGAAAAAGAAAUUAAGGAAGUCAAAAAGAAAAAAGAAAGAGCAAAAGAACUUGAAGGCAUUGACAUGGGCAACAUUGUCUCAAGUUCACGCAGAAGGUCCACGACAAGUUUUAUUGCUCCUCCAAAGCCCAUAGUGCCAGUUCAAACUGGUGGUGAUGAUGAAGUAGAAGAUAGUGACGAUGAAGGGGAUGAUGAGGAUGACGAUGAAGGGGAUGAUGAGGAUGAUGAGAAUGAUGAUGAUGAUGGCGAUGAAGAGAGCCAGAGCGAAGAGUUUAGUGAAGAUGACGAGGACAGCGAUUAAAUCCUGCACGAGCUGAAUAGUAAAGUGACUGAUGACAGUAGGUUUCUCCUGUUAAAGAGUAAAAAAUGUAUUAUGUAUUUUCGUAUAUUUUAUCUUUUUAAUUUGGAUGUGGAAACUGAUGGCCUUUGAUGGGAAAUUUGCAUGAACUCUGCCAAUUAGGUUCUUCUAAUUUAGUUUUUGAUAAUAUAUUUAUUUAUUUUUGCUA